AUGAUGAAAAGUAGAGGGCUUCGGCCCGCCAAUUGCGCCAGGAUAGCGCUUCAAAACCCCCUGCGCGCUCCAAGACAGUUCUCUACACAUGCCUCGUUCAAGGCACCCGUUCUUCUGCGCACCCGCAACCCUUCGCUGGGCCUUCGCAGCGCACUGAACGCCCCCGCUCUCCGCACGCCCUUCGUUGCGGGUUCCGCCGUGCCCGCCAUCCGCUUCGCCUCGACUUCGCCCGCCGCAGCAACGCCGUCGGUCCUCGAGAACUCCAAAGCAACAGCCGCUGAUGCUGUCUCCAGCGCCUCCAGCGCCUCGACCGAGGCCGUUCCCUCGAGCGUUGAUGUCGUCACGGACGAGUUUCUUGCCAACCUCGCCAACAUGCCGGAGCAGAUCGGCUACCUGAAAGCUGUUGGCUUGGACUAUGGUUGGGGGCCGACCUCCUGCAUCGAAUGGCUGCUCGAGCAUGUUCAUAUCUGGAUGGAUCUUCCGUGGUGGUCUUCGAUCAUUGUGACGGCGGUGAUUGUGCGCACGUCGCUUUUCCCGCUGUUCGCAAGGACGUCGGACGUGACAGCGCGCCAGCAGGCGCUCAAGGUCGUCACAGACCCGUUGAACGCGAAGAUGAAUGAGGCGCGCAUUGCGGGCAACACGGAUCAGAUGAUGAUGGCGCGCGCGGAGCUCAUGGGUGUCUACAAGCAAGCGGGCAUCAACCCGUGGAAGGCCUUCUAUGCGCCCGUUGCCCAGGGUGUUACCGGCUACUGCACGUGGAAACUACUCAGGGCUAUGGCGGCACUGCCGGUGCCGGGUCUUGAGAGUGGUGGCUUUUUGUGGUUGAGUGACCUGACUGUGUCGGAUCCGCUUUACAUCCUGCCGCUCUGUUUCGGCGCACUUAUUCACACUGUUGCCAAGAGCGGUGGUGAAUCCGGAACCCUGAAGCAAUUCACCGGUCUGCAGAAAAAGUUCAUGUUCUACAUCAUGCCUGGCCUCGCUGUCCUUUUCACCUUUGCCCAACCGGCCACAGUGCAACUCUCCUUCUUCGCCGCCUCCACCCUCGGUAUGCUGCAGGCAAGGAUUCUCCGCAACCAGACCGUCCGCGAAUGGAUUGGCCUCGCCCCGAUCCUCGAGACCCCGAUGGCCAAGACCAAUAGAUCCAGCAUCAUCGAUGUGGAGGCUCGUGCUACAAAGCCCGGAGAUUUCCAAUGGCAGCCGCCCACAGUGCAGUCCAGCAUCGCCGACGCUGGCCCGAUCAAGCAGGGCCCUGUUUCCAGCAGCCCCUUGGGGAAAAUCAAGAGGUCGUACGAGCAGACGAAGAAGGAACUCCGGGACUUCAAGGAUGGCAUCAUGAAGAGGGCGGGUAUGUACCAAGCGAACACGAAAUCCAAGAGGGAGUCCAAGCAGUUCCUGGAUCAGGCCUCGUCGUACGAGAAAAGGAGGCAGACGGAGCAGGAAUUCGAAGCGGGGGGAAACAAGCGGAGGAGGAGGAGGAGGUAG